CCAUCGGUGCACCACGGGGUCCGCAUUCAAACUGACCAGCGCGUCUCCUCUCAGUGAGCGCACGCACCGUCCUCUCUCCACACCCGUCCUCCAGCAGCCUCACUGCAGCCCACCACCGGAGCCGAGAAGAAGAGAAAGCUGAAAGGAGGUGAUGUCCUCUCCCCAGCUGACUGUGACUGUUUGCUCAGCAAGGGUUUGAGCCCGUCAGGACGCCUCACAGCAGCCUCUCCUCGAGCCUGGACUAGCUGCUCGCUAUCCUGAAGCAAAAACAACAAGUAGCUAAACUUCCCCUCCCGACACCUGGCCCUCCUACACCCCGCUCUGCUCCGGUCCCCUGUGCCAUGGCCUUCACCCUGUCAGAGAUCAUGGCUGCAAGACGGCAGCAGUCACAGGCUCAGUCGCAAGCCCAGCGAGGCAACAGGACGGCGGUGGAAGUGGACGAAUACAGCACCAACCCAACUCAGGCCUUCACCUUCUACAACAUCAACCAGGGACGCUUCCAGCCGCCACACGUCCACAUGGUGGACCCGAUGCCCCACGACGCGCCAAAGCCGCCGGGCCACACCCGCUUUGUGUGCAUCUCGGACACCCACUCCCGCACCGACAGUAUCCAGAUGCCGUACGGAGACGUGUUCAUCCAUGCUGGAGACUUCACCGAGCUGGGACUGCCCUCCGAGGUCAAGAAGUUCAACGACUGGCUAGGUUAGCAUCUGUGGGAGUUGUGGUUCUGGAUCUAGAGCGGGUCAAGGCCCGGGUUUUCUCUAUCUAGUUCCCAUUGUGACGGUCAGUGACAGUUACUGUGCCACGAGUUUUUAAGAUUGCUUUCAUUAGCAGAGGAUUCUCAGGGCAAAAAUGUUUUUGUUCCGGUUUUCACUGUAAAUUAAAGGACCAGAUCAGGGAUUUUACACAUUUUACAACAUUGACUGCAAAGACAUACUUGACUUUACUGCUGAUGGUUUUCCCCAGCAUGCCAGAAAUCGAUUUCCUCCUUUAAUGAAUAGAUUUGAGUCUUCUCUUCCUUGUUGGUGAGUUCAAGGAUGCUCUGAGAGCAUCAAAGCUUUGAGUCAACUUGUGAACAGCACAUAUCCUAAAUGUAACAAGCAACACUAUUUCCCAGUCUGCUUCGUGUUUGUCCUCUGUGUUCAAUUUUCUAACAACAGAGCUCAUAAAUGCAUCGCUAUGUGGCAGCCGAUUGCCAAAUCUUUGAGGACUUCCUUGAACACACCACAAAGCAGAGUUGUUUUUAUAAAGGUUCUCUGCUCAUAACUGCACUUCCACACAAUGAGAACUUUGACAAAAGAGUGAAGUAGACUGAGUGUUCAAUGUGAUGUACAGGAGGUCUCUGCAAGCGUAGCCUACUGACAUUAAUUGGAACCAGCCGCUGUCUGGAAAUAAGAAAAAAAAAAAUCGAACUGGUGCAGUGCUUUGGAAAACAAACCACAGUAUGUAAUUUGUGUGAAACAUGCAAAAACCCGCAGUAUGGUCCUUUAAGUGUGAUGUGGUACGGCGUGAGUCUGGUUUGUGUUAUGUUGCUCUCAGCUCAUAUCCCUGUAGUUUAACACU